AUACCCAGCGGAAGCCAUGGCUAGUACUAUGAUAGCAGUCGGUCUGACAAUAGCUGCUGCUGGAUACGCAGGUCGUUAUGCACUGCAAGCAAUGAAGAUAAUGGAACCACAAGUAAAGCAAGCUCUUCAGUCGCUGCCAAAAUCUGCCUUCAGUGCCUACUACAGAGGAGGAUUUGAACCCAAAAUGAGCAAGCGGGAAGCUGCUUUAAUAUUAGGAGUGAGUCCUACAGCUAAUAAAGGAAAAAUCAGAGAAGCUCACAGACGAAUCAUGCUUUUGAAUCAUCCUGAUAAAGGGGGGUCUCCGUAUGUCGCAGCCAAAAUUAAUGAAGCUAAAGACUUAUUGGAAGGUCAAGCUAAGAAAUGAAGACACACCACCUGAUCAAUGGCUUUAUUAUUAAAUUUUAUUCUUAUUGUUGACAAAAGAUGAAGUUUGUGCCAGGACGGACUGUUUGCUCCAGUAUUGGUCACAUCAUUCAUCUUUUGCUUAUAUUUCCAGAACUGAAUCUAUAUUCAGGUGAGAGUAAUGAGUCAGCAAGGUAACACCAGCAUCCAAGACUGGGUUGCAAAAAAACCCCACAACCACCUUUUAUGUCUCAUCAUGUAGUGUUUUGAAAUAUUUAAUUUACCUGAUAAAGUGUGGACAGUUGUACAAAUUGCCCUAUUAUAAAACGUCUAUCUGGUUUAUUCCCAUCAUGAAAUUCCUAGCUUUUAUAAUUGCAAGUUUCAAAGGAAUAAAUUUGUUAUA